AUGAGAUAUUACUUCAUUGUGUUGCUUUCCUCAACUAUAUUCUGCUCCAUUGGUUUUGAUGUUGUUCAGGAGGAUAAUGUAAAAAUAGUUGAAGCUGGUGAGGAUGUGAACUUUACCUGCAAAUUUCCAGAGCUGGUACAGUCGAUAAACGCAUGGUUUAAACAGACAACUGAUGGCAAAUCCCUACAAAUAGUAUCUUCAUAUUUAAAUCAACAGCCUAGCUGGAAUCACAACUUUGAGAAAACAAAUCGUUUUAUUGUUGCCAAUGAAAAUGGUUAUUUUAAUCUGACCAUUUUUAAGACAAAGCCUUUAGACUCUGCAACAUAUUACUGCGUAAUCUCAGCAUAUCAAACCAUUGGAAUGGGCUCAGGAACUAGAUUACUUGUUGGAGACUCAGCCACAGACAGAAACUCAACUCUUCAUCAGUCUUUGAUAGACACUGUUGAUCCAGGAGAUUCAGUGAAUUUGCAGUGCAGCAUCUUCACUGAGAGCUGUGCAGGAGAUCACAGCGUCUACUGGUUCAAGCAAAGCUCAGGAGACUCUGAAGGAGUGCUUUACACCAAAGGAGAGAGAAAUGGCCGCUGUAAGAACAGCACUGAGUCUCAAACACAGAGUUGUGUCUACAGUCUCCACAAGAACAACAUCAGUCGCUCUGAUUCUGGCAUUUACUACUGUGCUUUGGCCGCAUGUGGACAAAUACUGCUUGGACGAGGAACUCAGCUGAAUAUUAGAGAAAGUGAUGCUGUAAAUCCAACUUUGAUUGCUCUGGGGAUUUUAAAUGUCAUAUUUUUGGUGUAUGCUGUUUUUGUGACCAUAGAACUACGUAAUAAAGUACGUUUAGAUAUCUGUGGUGAAGACAUUCUGAUCUUGGCUGAUCAAAAUGAUUUGAUUGCAGGACUCAACGUGAAGUUUUCUGAAGAACAUUCAUUUGUAAAGUACAGCAUGAUCAUGCAAAAAAAUGCCUAUAAAACGCUUCAGGCCAUAAGAAGUUCAACUUGA